GGAAGCACUCCACGGCAGUCCAGAGAGACUCUCUCUACUCAGGACAGAGAGAGAGGCAAAUCUGACAAUUACGUGGACCACCAGGUAGCAGAGGGCAUCUUGUCCAGCCCGAUCCCUCCAAUGCAGUUCCCACACUUUGAGAAGAGUAGACAGACAGCCACCCCUGGGUCUCGGGAGCAGGACAUAGGCUCCCUUCAUGUCUCCAAAAGACACCGCAAACUGCUGAAAACAAGUCCCCCGAUCAGUCACACCAACAAUAAUGUUUCCUCAUCCUCUUCUCCCGCUUCAUCCUCUGUUUCCUUGUCCUCCUCCUCCGCCUCAGGCUCUUUCUCCCCUGAGAGCUGGAAAAAGCUUUCUGAUAUCCUGGAAGCCCGCCGGCAACUGAUGAAGGAGAUGUGUGCUAAGUACAAAAGCAGCAUCUCCAGGACCAUCACACGUCAUCACGUGAAACACCUCUUUGUGGAGGACAAGUACAAGUUGUUGUACUGCCAGGUGCCCAAGGCGGGUUGUUCCAACUGGAAGAGGACCCUGAUGGUGCUGGCGGGCCAGGCCUCCAACACUCAGAGCAUUAAACAUGACACAGUCCACUACGGCCACCAUCUCAAGAAGCUUGACAGUUUUGACCGACAGGGAAUCAUGCACCGAUUGGAAACCUACACCAAAGUCAUGUUUGUCCGAGAACCCUUGGAGAGGAUGGUGUCGGCUUACAGGGACAAGUUUGAGAAUCCAAACAACUACUACCACUCACUGUUUGGGAAACCCAUCAUCUCCAAGUACAGGGUGAAUCCGUCCUGGACAGCCCUGAAGACAGGCAGUGGGGUCACAUUCAAGGAGUUUGUCCAGUACCUUCUUGAUGUCCACCGGCCCGUAGGAAUGGACAUCCACUGGGAGCAGGCGAACCAGCUCUGUAACCCUUGUCUCAUAGACUACGACUUCAUAGGCAAGUUUGAGAACAUGGAAGAAGAGUCCAACUUUCUCCUGCGAUGGACUGGGGCACCGCCCAACCUCACGCUGCCUAGUUUUAAAGAUAGGAACCCAACUGACAAGAGGACCUCUAUGCAGCUCACACAAAAAUACUUCUCACAGGUCAGUACGCUGGAGAGACAGCGAGUCUAUGACUUCUACUACAUGGACUAUCUGAUGUUUAACUACUCCAAGCCUUUUAAAGAUUUAUAUUGACUGACUCCUUUCAAGACUCUUGAACCACAGUUACAUUCCACUACGUCUACAUCUCUACCAUGAUAGUAAUCUUAACAUAAAGGAGCUCACUCACCUGCUCACGUGGAUCUUUGCAGAGAUCAGAGAGACCAAACUUCCUCUGACUUUUGCAAAAGCUUUUUAUGAAUUCAUUUCUACCAGAUAAUCUUCAUUUUUAGACAACUAUGAGAUGAAAAGGUUCAUGUGAUGUCACAUUAAAUACUCUAAAUUGUCCUGAAAAGGUAUUUAUUCAUUACUAGCACAUGGUGAGGUAGAAUUUUAAAGAUAUAACUGUUAUGUUUCUAAUAAAAAUAUAAAGUUUAUCGUUGUUCAACAGGCUUUAAAUUAUGCUUAACUGUGAGUCAAAUAACAUUUGCAAAUGUGUUAAAUGGUUUUAAUGGUUUAAUUCAACAUAGGUUCCAAUCACACUCCUAAUUCAGAUGUAAUUUCAGUAUAUAGUAUGUUAUGUGAGCCCUUACCAUGUAGCCUCCCACAACAUACCACAACAUGUGGUAUGGAUACUCUAAUAUAGGUUCUUCAGUUGAUUGACCCCAAAUGAGGAUCACCACCCCUAGUCAGCCUCAACCUCCCUGCUGCAUUUUUUAAAACUUUUUGUCCUUUUUUUCUUUAUUUGAAAUAUUUGCAUUUACUAUUUGACUUACAGCAAGUUAGGCAUCAGUAUACCUCUAUGUAUUAAAGCAUACUAAUACAGAUAUUUCAUGUAAAUCAAUUUACUAAACAUAAAGUGUAACAAAACGAAACAAUAUAAAUAGUAUAAAUCUUGAAAAUGUGUCAAGUGCUGCCCACUUGGAAGCUGUGUGCACUUAUUGUAGCAUUUUUGUAAUUCUAACUCUGUUGGUUAGGUUUGUGCUUUAGUCUAACACAUACACUGCUGUAGGUUCCCCCAUCACUAGAGGUAUUUACUUGAAUCGUUAAAUACAGAACAUCCAGGUGUUCGCAGGGUACAAAGUUGUUGCUGCCAGUAUCUCUUAAUGCCUGUUAAUGUUGCACACUUACUAAUCAUUCGGUUCCUGUUGUGAGGAUUGGCAACCAAAUUGCAAAAAAAAAAGAAAAAACAGGCAAAAAAACCCACAAUAUAAAAGCUAUUGGACAUUUCAUCAGGGAUGAGAGAAGGAAGAGAGUGUGCUCAAAUGUCUCCAUGUAUCAUACCAAACACCCCCUGAACAGCUAUCACUUACAGAUCUCACACUGUCAGUAACUCCAUACCCUCUGUAUGUAUCACAUCUCUUCUACUCCACUAUAUAGGCUUUUUUUCUGACACUACUGUGUACAAUUGUAUAAUGGGCAUUCAGAUGACUAUAUAUUUUUCUAUGUAUUUCUAAAAUAUAUAUAUUCAGUGCUUCUUAGUGAAGGUAUGUUUAAUUUCCUUUUUGAUGUCAUUGAUUGUUCUUUCAAUAAUACCAGUGUAGAGUGUCGUGUAACUGAAGAGUUUCUUUCCAAAACAAAGUAUCCACCAGCUAAAAACCCAGAGUCUCAAGAAACUUAAGUGAGUGACAAAAUUAGCACUACCAUUUAAAGUGCAGAAGAUAACUAAGUCAGACUGAUGAAUAGAAACCACUGGGUGCUUUGAUGGUAGUGAAUGAUUUUUUUUUUUCAAAUCAAAAUGGAUAUAUAACAUUUUGGAAAAUAGCUCUUUAAUUACUUAUCCCUGUUCGUUUGGUCUCUCAAUAGGAUAGUAGACCCUGUACAGAUGAGCUGCAUUCCACCUAGUUACUCAUCCUGGCUAAUGACAUCUUUACCCAUAGCUACUCCACUAUGUGCGUCUGUGUGUGUGUGUGUGUGUAUGUGCGAUACUGAAUAAGCUGUUUAGAUGUUUUACAAUCUUUCUUUCCACAUCUUCUGGAAACACAGACAAUGCUAAAACAUACACUUUGCAGGUAUAGUAUCCUGUUUGUAAUGUUGGUAGACUUGUGUAUUCCCAACACGCUACCCAGCUUUUUUCUUUAGUACUACCCGAUGCAGGUCAAACCGCAGAACAGUGUGCACUGGAAAAUGCACCGAGACGUGACUGGCAAUUCUUAGAUACUGAGCAUUGAAACUCAAACACUGAACACUGUUAAAUUAGGCAUCUAUUACAACCCUUAAUGAGAUUAAACUUGUCUAAGAUCCCAUUAAAUAUGAUUUAAUAAGAGGUAAAAAGAAACACAACCAUUCAGCAGAUUAAUUACAGUAUGUACUGUAAAUCUUCAAGACCUCAGCCAAGGUUUCUCCAAAUGAGAGUUGAAUUUAAAUCUUCUUGGGUCACAGUUUAAGCUUUAUGCACAGGGAGUGCAAUGAAGGAGUGAUUAAAUAUGAUGAUUAUGAUGCCAAAAUAACAAACAGAAAUAUCCUGAAUCCACAAAAUACUAGGUAAGAUCUACACAAGAUUAAAACAUCUAGCUACAAUCAAAGUGGGUAACAGUAUAUUUUUUAUAAGAACAUGAUGCAAAGAUGAACUUGAUCGAUUGUGAUGCUGGUGGUCUCCUAUAAAGUAGCAGUCCCUAUUCAGCUAUACACUUUGCAGCUCACUGAAAAUGUGUUUUAUGUAACAAAAUAUUUCAUAUUAUUUAAAUCUAUACACACUAUACUCAACUUUUGAAGACUUUUAAGAAUUUUGGUGGUAUUACCCUUUCACAGUGAUGGUAAUUGUAUGAACUUUUGUCAGUAUAGUGUGUUGGCUUUUGCAAUUCCAAAAUCUAAUCUUUGUUUAGGUUGUGGUCAGAUUCUUUGUAGGUAUAGCAAAUAUCUGCCCAGAACAGCUAUUGCAUUUUAAUGAGUACGACUCUUGCAAAUUCUCUGUCAGUCCCUGCACCCCCAGCUAAUAAAGCUUUCUUGGAAUGUGGGUGUAUGGACAGAUUUAUCAAAAGCAUAAUUACAGUAACAAGUGAAUGUAUAACUGUUAAACGUUGGUGCAAAAGUGUAUAAAACAUGAUCUUAAGCCCUUUGCCUUAUUUUACACUGCCAAUCAAAUGGUGUAUUUCAGGAAGACAUUCUUCAGGUGGUUAUUAUUUCUGGCUGGUGAGUGUCUACUAAUAAAUUGUCUUUAGCAUUUUCAACUUGUGUGCAUUGUUUUUUUGUUUUUUGUUUUUCUUGCACUUGUGUCGUUUGUUUGUCUCAAGUCCGCUGUGGUUUCUG